AAUUAUAAUAAUUAACACAACUUUAUGUGAUUUGCAUUUAUUGUUUAGAAGCGGCGUUGAAUACAUUAAAAGAUCCGAUACAUGUAGUACAAAAUAGAUCUUCUAUAUGAACAAAAUCCGUACGAAGGCAAUACAGCCGCAUAAAACGGUCACUGAAAAUACGUGUUGAGCAGAUUCGUGUUACCAAUGGCAUUUCGCUUAAAUAUUUUCCUUUCAAUUAGUGUGGCAAUUAUUGUUGAACAUUUUGUUGUGCACUGUGUUGACAAAAUACAAGUUGAAGAUGAUAAUGGUCCAGACAUUCAAGAAUCUAGCAGAAAAACAGAGGAUGACCGCAUUGAAGGAAAGAUUCAAGGCAGCAUUUCUGAUUUCCAGAGAUACUUGAGGUUAUUUGAACAUAACCGUGCCAUACAAGUUGAUGCAGUUAAAUCAAUUCUCCAGUCAAAAAUAAAGGUAGAAGCGAAGUAUAAAGUUGUCGAGGCUAUGUUAACAAAGGUGAUACAGAUAAUUGGUGAAGCGAAAAACAAUUUGACAGGUUGGGGGUUUGUUCCUGGUGACGACUGGCCAACAGAUGAAAAUGUGAAAGAGUCUGUUUCCAAAGUGCUUGAGAACACAGCCCUGUUUGCGGACAUCUUACUGCACCUGCCCGACAUGACCCACCAACUGUACGACACCAACAAGCAGUGGGAGUUCCUGAUUGGCUGGGCCACAUGGUUUGCCAUGGAGUCUCGCGCGUUCACCGGACCCCAUGAGAAACUGCUCAAUCUGAUGGCUCAAGAAAUUGGUUUGAUACCAAAGGAAGACAAUUAUUUCAAUCCAUACAAAGCAGUGGAAAUGGAAAGAUAUCAGGAUGAGAGCACAAUUGAUGUAGCCAUGGAAGAGAAAUUGAAACACCUCAAGAAGACAAAGAAACUGAAAGAAAAGUCCAAAGAGGUGAAAGAAAAACGCAAAGGUCCAAGAUUGUCAGGCACUUCUCACACUGAGUUGUGACAGUGUGAAAAACUAUAUUUUGUGUAGUUCUGAGAGAAUCAAAAUACUUGCAAUUUAAGCUAUAACGAACAGAAUGCAUGAGGAAUUCCAUAUUUAGUGCCUGCUUACCAACUAAAUGUGUGAGUAGGUAAACUGACCGCCAUCAUAUGGCUAUGAGAGUGUUGAAGACGAUAAAAUAUCAAGAACAUCCAAAACGCUCAUUUUGAUUUCAUUGAUGCAUUUCAGAUUAAUUUAGAUUAAACCAUUUAUAAAACUGAAACUUAACAUAAACAUAAACAUAACAAACAAUAAUAGAUGGGCAAAACAGUUUCUUAAUUCUCAGUGAUCCACACAUUUCUAAAAAACAUUCCCAUAAAUGUUUCUGACAUAGCGCUGCAGGGGUUUUAGUUAUGUCUGUGACAUGGGUGUAGUUUUUAGCGUGCACAUGGGGAGCUUUUGUGAAAACCUUUUGUCUGUUGUGGCUCAUCAACAUUUAUCUUGAUAACACUUUAGAGGCCACAUUUAUUGUCCAAUUCAUCAACUUGGUCAAAACAUUAGUUCUAAUGAUAUCUUGGAUGAGUUCAAAAAUGAUUCGAGUCUGUUGAAAAACGUGGCCGCCAGGGGGGGGGGGGGGCAGGGCAUUUUUCUUAUACAGCUAUAGUAAAACCUUGUUAACACUUUAAAAGUCACAUUUUUAGUCCAAUCUUCAUGAAAUUUAGUCAGAACAUGUGUCCCAAUUAUAUUAUUGACUAGUUCAAAAAUGGUAUCCGUUGAUUGAAAAACAUGGCCACUAGGGGGUGGGUCAGUUUUCCAAAUAUGGCUAUAUUAAAACCUUUUUAAUACUAGAAGUCACAUUUAUUGUCCAAUCUUCAUGAAACUUUGUCAGAACUUUUGUUUUUAAUAAUUAUUGGAUGAGUUAGUAAGUGGUUCCGGUUCGUUGAAAAACAUGGCUGCCUGGGGGGGGGGGCAAUUUUUCUUAUAUGGCUAUAAUAAAACCUUGUUAACACUAUAUAAGUCACAUUCUUAGUGAAAUGAUAGUCAGAAUACUCGUUCUCAUGACUUCAUGGUCUAGUUAGAAAAUUGGUCUGGUUUGAUGAAAAACAUGGCCGAUCGGGGGCUGGGCAGUUUUCCUUUUAUGAAUAUAGGGAAAACAUGUUGACACUAUAUUAGCCACAUUUAUUGGACAAUCUUCAUGAAAUUUGGUGAGAAGAUUUUUCCCAAUUAAGUCUUGGCAUAGAUUGAAACGGGGUCAUGUAAGUUCAAAAACAAGGUCACUAGGUCAAAUUAAAUAAAACAUGUUCAUACUCUUGAAGUCACUGUUUGGUCCAAUCGUCAUGGAUCUAUUUGCACUUUUUCAAAAUACAAAUGUAGUCUAGUUCCUUUGGGUCUCAGGUGAGUGCACUAGAUCCCAUGGCCCUCUUGGUAUAUGACCUUUCUAAGCCUAUGAGCAAUUGCACUUGUACAGUUCUCUUUUGUUAUGUUUUGUACAAAGAUGCUAUUGAUAAAAAUGUAUAUAACUAUAUGAUUAAAUUACAAUAUUCAUUUUA